CGCAGUCCACGGUCUAUUCUGCAGUGAGCAGGUACAGCCGCUCCUUCACCUGGAUGCCAAAACAACACGUCUCCCGUUACCCGAGGAUAUUUUCGGUUACGCUGGCUCUGUUUUUAUGAGAUCACAAUAAAACUGUCGUUCUCUUUCUCGAUAUGCACGAUGAGUAUUAGCCAGCCGGUCGAGUAGAGGGUCCCUCACAUCUCACCUGCAAUCAUGAAUGUUGGUAUUAAUAUUUGGGCUAUAACUCCAGAAGAGAGGGGGAAACAUGACAAACAGUUUGACUCUCUGGCACCCACUCUGGGUUAUUUGUCAGGAGAUCAAGCUCGAACUUUCUUCCUACAAUCUGGUCUUCCCACAGCAGUCCUAGCAGGCAUCUGGGCAUUGGCGGAUAUAGGAAAGGAUGGAAAGAUGGACAGAUUGGAAUUCUCCAUUGCAAUGAAACUAAUUAAACUGCAACUGCAGGGUCAACCCCUCCCGUCCAGCCUGCCAAUCAUCAUGAAGCAGACGCCUACCCAUGCUAUGACACCAUCAUUACGCUUUGGUAUGGGCUCCAUGCCAAAUCUGUCUGCCAUGUCAGUGAUGCCCAUCCUAACUGCCAUCCCCACAGCCCCUGUUAUGACCCCUUUGGUUCCUGUACCCACCGUGAUGUCAGGACCAUUGCCUCAGAUGCCCAACUCUCUCAGUGUGCCAGCUUUACCUAACGGCAAUGCAACUCUCCUCAAACCAACACCAGCAUUCCCAGUCUCCAGUGGAUUGAGUAAAUCUCACUCGCUCUUGGACCUUGGUUCUAGCAGUUCUAACUCUUCCUCCACCACCUCCCUGGCAAGUAAUUCCCCCAAAAUGAAUGCAUCUGAUUGGGCGGUGCCUCAGUCAUCCCGUCUGAAAUACAGACAGCAGUUCAACAGUCUAGACAAGCUGAUGAGUGGAUACCUGUCAGGUCCCCAGGUCAGAAAUGCCCUCACAGCAUCAAACCUCACACAAACACAGCUUGCCACUAUAUGGGCUCUUGCUGAUGUAGAUCGUGAUGGGCAGUUGAGAGCGGAAGAGUUUAUUCUAGCAAUGCACCUGGUUGAUAUGGCCAAGACUGGGCGGCCCUUACCUCUGACUCUACCUCCUGAUCUUGUGCCACCUUCACUCAGACAAGUGAAGUCAUGUGACCUGCUGAACGGACCUGUUCCUUUGAUUAACACUGAGCUGAUUGAGCCAGAACAUCCACAGAAAAGCAAGAGUAAUGUGUCAUUUGAGGAUAAACUAAAGGAGAAUUUCCAGAGAGGAAACACAGAGCUGGAAAAACGACGUCUGGCUCUGCAGGAGGAACAAAAGAGAGAGGAGGAGAGGAGGAGAGAAGAGGAGAGACGAGAGGAGGAGAGGAGACGACAUAAGGAGCGGGAGGAAAGAGAACAAAAGGAGAGAGAAGCCCGGGAGAUGGAGCUGAGGAGACAGAGGGAGGAGGAGAGGCAGAGAGAGCUGGAGCAACAGAGAGAAGAAGAAAGACUGAAAGAAUUAGAGCGACGAGAGGCAACGGAGCGACAGAGGCGAAUGGAAUGGGAGAAGAGUAAACGAGUGGAGCUUCAGACACAGAGAGAAAAAGAGCAGAGUGACAUACAGAGACUUAAAGACAGGAAGAGGAGUCUCGAGAUGGAGCUGGAGGCAGUGGGUAACAAGCAUAAGCAGAUCUCUGAUAGGCUGCGGGACGCCAAGAGUAAGAGGCAGAUCCAGAGGACCGAGCUAGACCUGAUCAAUCAGAAGAGAGAUAGUCGUAUUAUAGAUAUCAAUUCCCUACAGUUGCAGUUUGAGGAAAUUCAGAGGCAGCUGAGUCGUCUUGGUCCUGAGAAGCAGCGACUGACAGAGAGACUUUUACAUCUUACCCAAAACAACUCAAGUCCUUUGAUAAAUGAUGUGAAACAGAGUUUGUGCGAGAAAGAUCUGAGCUGUCGGAAGCUGAAGGAGCAGCUGGAUGUUUUGGAGAGAGAGACCACUGUGAAACUCUCACAAAUGGAGCAGUACAACAGAGAAAUCAAGUUUGUAGAAAUGGAUGACUGUGUGCUUCAAGGACUUCUCUCUUUGCUGGGCUGCCUAACCAAUCUCUUCCUUCUAAUAAAGGAAUUGAGACAGAGGCAGAGCCAGCAGCAGGACGUCCUAGAGCAGCUCAGGAGGGUGAGAUCUGAGAAACUCAAAGAGCUACAGAGACACAGGAAAGAGGAGGAGGAGAGGAAGAGGAAGAAAGAGGAGGAGGAGAGGAAGAGAAAGAAAGAGGAGGAGGAGAGGCAGAGGAAGAAAGAAGAGGAGGAGAGGCAGAGGAAGAAAGAGGAGGAAGAGAGGAAGAGGAUGAAAGAGGAGGAGGAGAGGAAGAGGAAGAAAGAGGAGGAGGCUGCCAGACAGGCGAAGCUGGAGCAGGAGGAAGCAGAGCGUCAGAGGAUGCUUGCCCAGGAGCGAGAAGCCAAACUCAGGGAAGAACAGCAGCGUCAGGCCCAAGCCCGACUUCAGGAAGCCCAGGAGCAGGCUCGAGAGAAAGAGAAGAAGAGGAGGGCGGAGGAGAGAGAGAGGGAGGAGAAGGAAGCAGAAAGGAAUGAACUGGCUCUACACACUCAGCCCUCCAUGACAUGCAAUAUCACAGAGAACAAAAGCUUGCAGCCAGUGGUGACUACUGAAGCUACAUGUGCAGCCCUCACCACCUACAGAGCUCUCUAUCCCUUCACCGCACGCAACUCUGACGAGCUCACACUGGAGACAGACUGUCUGAUCGAGGUAGAUGAAUCGACAGUUAGAGAGACCGGCUGGCUGUAUGGGAGUUACUGUGGUAACAGCGGCUGGUUUCCAGAGAGUUAUGCUGAGAGAUGCAGUAAAGACACUCAGACUGAACAGACUGCAGCCGAUUCACAAUCCACGGCUCCCUCUACCAACUACCCUGGAAUUCCUCGGGUGGACAUAGAAGGACCAACACCAACACACACACCAGCGUCUUCAAACACACAGCACUCACUGGCUGUAGCUCUGUGUGAAUGGAGCGCUAUGACUGACAGUCACCUGGGCUUCUCUAAAGAUGACGUCAUCACGGUUCUGGAGAAGCAGGAGAACUGGUGCUAUGGAGAGCUCAACGAGAGCCGAGGCUGGUUCCCUUUCUCAUAUGUCUCCAUGGUUAUCACCAAUAACACACAGACUGAGCCGUUGCUUUCUACUGUGGAUGAGAUAGAACUUUCAGAUUCUGGUUCUUUUGAGGAGUAUGUGGCUCUGUACACAUAUGAGAGUCCGGAGUCAGGUGACCUGACGUUCUGUGCGGACGAUGUUGUCCUGGUAACAGAGAGGGAAGGAGAAUGGUGGAGAGGGUGCAUCGGUGACCAGUCUGGCCUCUUCCCUUCCAACUAUGUUAAACCCAAAGAGCCUGAUACUGCCAAUCCUGGAGUUCCCGGUAAAAAGCCAGAGAUUGCUCAGGUGACUACAGCCAGUGCUGCCAAAACACCAGAACAACUGAGUCUGACACCUGGUCAGCUUAUUGUGGUGCUGCAUAAGAACUCUAACAGCUGGUGGCUGGGUGAACUACAGGCACGGGGUAAAAAGCGUAAAAAGGGCUGGUUCCACUCCUCUAAUGUCAGAUUACUUGAGGCUAACAGCGGAAAAAUAACUCCAGCAUCUCAGCCAUGUAAGAUACACACACACACACUCUUUCAUUCAUUUUCUUUUGUAUGUGGCUGCAUGUAUGUGUUGUUUUCCCAUUGUGCUCCAUUCCUCUUCGACUUUUCUGCUCUUCCCUCUGUAGUGUGUCAGGUUAUUGCAAUGUAUGACUACAAAGCAGCCAAUAAGGAUGAAAUGAGCUUCCAAAAAGGUCAGCUGAUCACCGUACUCAACAAGGACAACCCUGACUGGUGGAAAGGAGAGGUCGCUGGGGUCAUAGGGCUGUUUCCAACUAAUUAUGUGAAGAUGACCACAGAAUGUGAUCCCAGCCAGCAAUGGUGUGCUGAUCUGCUCAGUUUAGACACUAUGUGCACCGAGGACAGGAAGAGGCAAGGCUACAUCCAUGAGCUCAUUCAGACAGAAGAGUACUAUCUGGAGGACCUGGAACUGGCACUAGAGGUGUUCUAUAAGCCAAUGGCAGAGUCAGGGCGGCUAACGGAGGCUGAGAUGAGCAUGAUCUUUGUGAACUGGCGGGAACUGAUCAUGUGCAGCACCAAACUCCUAAAAGCUCUGCGUGUCUGUAAGAUGAUGGCUGGAGAGCGGAUGCCUGUGCAGGUGGUGGGUGAUAUUCUGUCCUCAGAGCUCUCUCACAUGCAGGCCUACAUUCGCUUCUGCAGCUGCCAGCUCAAUGCUGCGGCCCUGCUGCAGCAGAAAACAGACAAAUCACCUGACUUCAAACUCUUUCUGAAGAAAAUUGCCAGUAAUUACCGCUGUAAAGGAAUGCCACUGUCCAGCUUCCUCCUGAAACCCAUGCAGAGAAUCACACGCUACCCACUGCUGAUAAAGAAUAUUCUGGAGAAUACCCCUCCAACUCACGCAGAUCACGCAAACCUGCGGGCAGCGCUGGAGCAGGCCGAGGAGUUGUGCUCACAGGUGAACGAGGGCGUGAGAGAGAAGGAGAACUCUGACCGGCUGGAAUGGAUCCAGAACCAUGUGCUGUGUGAUGGAGUCAUUGAGCACCUCGUAUUUAACUCUUUGACGAACUGCCUGGGCCCUCGAAAAUUGCUGCACAGUGGCAAACUACAUAAGACCAAGAGCAGCAAGGAGCUUUGGGCCUUCCUGUUUAACGACUUCCUGCUCCUCACCUACACCUCCAAACAGUUCUCAUCUGGGCCUGACAGACUCUUCAACCCCACCUCAAAUGCACAGUACAAGAUGUAUAAAACGCCAGUGUUUUUGAAUGAGGUCUUGGUAAAAAUGCCCUCUGACCCUUCCAGUGAUGAUCCAGUUUUUCACAUCUCACACAUUGAUCGCGUUUACACUCUUAAGGCUGACACCAUUAAUGAGAGGAGUACAUGGGUACAGAAGAUCAAAGCAGCAUCUGACAACUUCAUAGAGACUGAGAAGCUGAAAAGAGAGAAAGCAUACCAAGCUCGCUCGCAGAAGAACAGUGGAAUCGGGCGACUGUUAGUAACGGUCCUGGAGGCGACAGAGUUGAAGCCCUGCAAACCAAACGGGAAGAGUAACCCAUACUGUGAGCUAACGAUGGGUGCUCAGUGCUACACAUCCCGCCAUCAGCCCGACACACUCAACCCCAAAUGGAACUUCAACUGCCACUUCUUCAUAAAAGACCUGUAUCAGGACGUCCUCUGCCUCACCAUCUUUGAGAGGGAUCAGUUCUCUCCCGACGAUUUUCUAGGUCGUACUGAAGUUCCUGUAGCAACAAUUAAGAAGGAUCAAGAUGGUAAAGGUCCACUGGCACGUCGUCUGCUGCUUCAUGAAGUUCCAACUGGAGAGGUCAAAGUACGGCUUGACCUGCAGCUUUAUGAUCAAACACCUCAACCGUGAACUCCACAUCUGUUUCAUUAGCACUACAAUAUUUAAUAGACCACUUAAUAAAAGUUUAUUCAUUGGUGUUAAUUUUAAAAGUAUAGGAGUGCCUCGGUACACAUUUGAUAUGAAAAAGGUGAACCACUGUGCAUAUGUUUAUAUGCAGUGAAGUAGAAGCUGGUAGUCUCAUAUUUACUCUCACAGAUGCUUGAUGUUGUAUAAUGGGAAACAUUGGGUAAUAACAUGAUGAUUUGUUUGGGACAGGAACUGGUUUUUACUUUGGUAUUUGUACAUUUUUAAAAUGUAUUAGUAAUCUGUACUGUUGCUUCCUAAGUAUAAAAAGACUCAAAUUAUGUCACUGAAAUUGCUGCAAUUCAGUCAUUUGUAGAUUCCACUAAGCCAAUCAUAUAUAUGCUUCCCUAACCUCUUUCCAGAGCCCUUCGGCACAUGCUUAAUUGUUUUAUUAUUAAAUACUGAAAUACAGUUUUAAAAACACUGUAAUAUAUUUAAUUAUAUAAAGACCAAAUUAUAUAUAAUGUUAUCUAAAAUUUUGUGACGGAACACAAAUUAUGCUUGAGAAUUCUCAAUUGUACAAAUUUAGGGAAGAUUUAUAAAUUCUUUAAGAAUGUACUGUAUAAUAUGGGUCUUAUGAUUUUCCUAUGAUGAUUUUAAUAAUGGCAUUUGGCUUUAUGAACAGACUGGGUCUGGAUGUUGUACAUUUGAGUUGUUGAUGAUGAAUGUCGAAAGUUAAUGUGUUAUUUGUUCUUUGUUUAGUUAUUUGUUUAAUGCAUAAAACGUCUAUGGGAAUAGAUUAUUGUAUGGUUUUGGGAGUAAUUCAUAUACUGUAUAACAAAGACAA